CAUUUGCAGCAGUGUUCCGUUAGACACGAAACCGUUAACAACUCGGUCGGAACUCGGGGGCAUAGGCGACACCCCAAAAAGGUGACCAAACACAUGGCCGCCCAUGCAACAAAACACGGAAACGACCACGCGUAGUGUCCAAAUAUUGUGAUUGUCCACGAAAAUAUCUACAUAUCCAAGUAACCCAAAACAACAUCAACCCAACUCUAAGCUCUGCAAAUGGAACAUAACUUUAAGCAUGCCAAGUGAAGCCAAUUUUAUAGACUUUUUUUAAGAACGCGCUAACGCAAAGAGAGAGGGAGUGACCAUCAACAAUAGUAGUAAAUAGUCACUUUCAAUAUUAACAGACUCUAAUCAAGGGCGACAGCGGAAAUUGUCGAGAUUUGUCAGGCCAGAUGAUGGCAGCGGGCAACGGGCGGAUCCGCAAGCGUAAGCAUCGCAGCCACGCUGGCGACUUGCCGGCGACAACGACGACGACAGCUGGAGUGGGAGGAAAUGAAAUAGGAGAUGCUGGAGUAGCUGGAGGAGUGGGAGGCACAUUAACCAGCAUAACAAGGGACAACACAACGCCAACCGCAGACCCGGACAGGCAACACUGGCAGCAGGACGAUGCCGGCCACGUAGAGAGCUCUAAUAAUUUCACGCAUAAUUUCGUCGAUUUGCAGAAUCUCUUGAAUUUCAACGAUUUGCUAAGCAGCGUCAACGACAGCAACAAUGUUGAUACCACUAGCGGUGACAGUGGCAAUGCAAAUGGAAAUCUAAAUCUAAAUGGCAAUGGUAAUGCGUUUGACAGUGGCAGCAGCUUCUCGAGCACAUCGAGUGCUAUUAAAUUGAAUAACGGCCCCAUUACGGAUACACUUUUGGCUGCCGUCCUGACCACGGCGACCGCAACGGUGGCGCCAGCCGCCAGCUCCUUGAUAGCGAGCAUGUCAGCCACAACGACCACAACAUCAUCUUCCCAGUUGGCUGUUGUCUCAACGAUGCAGGCUGUCCAUGCCUUACCUGGCGCCGCCUCCAUGCCAGACGCCACCUCAUCCACCUACUAUGCGAAUCUCUUGAGCAUGUCGCCGGCCACAACGAGUCUCAUCUCGGUGGCUGCCACCAAAUCGUACAAUGAUAGCGUGCUGCGCUGGGAGCAAUUGGAUGGCAACGGCGACUUUGGCUUCGAUCCGCUCUAUCGCCAUUCGCUGGCCAUGUCCAUUGUCUAUUGUGUGGCAUAUAUUCUAGUGUUCCUCGUUGGACUCAUUGGCAACAGCUUCGUGAUUGCCGUCGUGUUGCGUGCUCCUCGUAUGCGCACUGUUACCAACUACUUCAUCGUUAACCUGGCCAUCGCUGAUAUUCUGGUGAUUGUCUUCUGUCUCCCAGCCACGCUCAUUGGCAACAUCUUUGUGCCCUGGAUGCUUGGCUGGCUGAUGUGCAAGUUUGUGCCCUAUAUACAGGGUGUCUCGGUGGCGGCAUCGGUUUACAGCUUAAUUGCUGUAUCACUAGACAGGUUCAUUGCCAUCUGGUGGCCAUUGAAGCAGAUGACAAAGCGACGUGCACGCAUCAUGAUUAUCGGCAUAUGGGUAAUCGCUCUGGUAACCACCAUACCCUGGCUGCUCUUCUUCGAUCUUGUGCCCGCCGAGGAGGUCUUCUCCGAUGCCCUCGUCUCCACCUACACACAGCCGCAGUAUUUGUGCCAGGAAGUCUGGCCACCGGGCACCGAUGGCAAUCUGUACUUUCUGCUCGCCAAUUUGGUUGCCUGCUAUCUGCUGCCCAUGUCGCUGAUCACACUGUGCUAUGUGCUCAUCUGGAUCAAGGUGUCGACACGCAGCAUUCCUGGUGAGAUGUCCAAGGAUGCGCAAAUGGAUCGCAUGCAGCAGAAGAGCAAGGUUAAGGUCAUCAAAAUGCUGGUCGCUGUCGUCAUCCUCUUUGUGUUGUCCUGGCUGCCGCUCUAUGUGAUCUUUGCACGCAUCAAGUUCGGUUCGGAUAUAUCGCAGGAGGAGUUCGAGAUACUCAAGAAGGUGAUGCCAGUGGCCCAAUGGCUGGGCUCCUCCAACAGCUGCAUCAAUCCCAUACUCUACUCGGUGAACAAGAAGUACCGACGCGGCUUUGCAGCCAUCAUCAAAUCGCGCAGCUGCUGCGGACGCCUCAGAUACUACGAUAAUGUGGCCAUUGCCUCCUCGACCACCAGCACCCGCAAGUCCUCGCAUUAUCACCCGAGCAGCUCGAGGAAAAGUCCCAGCAGCCCGGGAUUACGUAAGACGAAUGCCGUUUCCUACAUCUACGAACACAACUCACUGCGACGCCACAAUCUGAUGAUGAAACAGGAUAGCAAUCUAUCGCAGCAGAUGCUACUCAAGCAGGACUCGCACGGUUCGCGCCAGUUUCUCAUCAAGCAGGAGAGUUCGUGCAGCGAUGCCUCCGGCACACGUCGCCUGCUCUGUCAACAGGAUAGCAAUGGCAGCAAGGUUUCGCUCUCCAAACAGGACUCGAUUGUCUCGUACAUGGAAGCCCGCCGGGUGGCCGCAUUGAGUAGCAGCGUGCCCCUUGACUCCACCGCAGUAGCAGCAGCAGGAGUAGCCACACAGCAGGAGAACAACUCCAUGGAGUCACGUCGUACUCCGGUUGGCCAGGGAGCAUUGCCGGCGGCUGUGUCGCCUGCCACGUUGUUGGACAAACGGCAGAAGUUUGUGAAACAGGAUUCGGUCAUCUCGUUUGUGGAUCAACGCCCGGAGCCGCGACGUCAUCAGCUGGUGAAACAGGACUCGGUUAUCUCGUUUGCCGAUCAGCGACGUGGCCUGCUCCACAAGCAGGACUCGCUGAUGGCGAAUCGCGCGAAUGAUGCUCCGACUCAUCAUGUGUCCAUACUGAAGAAGACCGAUUCGCAGCUGAGCUACGGCAAUUGCUCGCCUCGACGCAAUGUGGAGCUCUACGAGUAGAUGAAGGGAGGGGGAAUUCACUAAAUUGAAAACAAUAAAAAAAAGUCACUAACUAUAUAUGCAUACAAUAUACAAACUAAACACAAGCAUAACCAACAAUCAACACCAAAUCUUGCAUAGGGUAGAACUUAAAUAGAAGCAGAGGGUGUAGGAAAGGGAGGGGAGGGGAGGAAGUGCGCCUGCGACUGUGAUAGAAGUCGGCAAUGCUGGAACUUCAGAGCUUGGCUUAUCCGUCGUACACACAAAGUGAAAAGAGGUGUGAAGGGGAGGGAAGGGAAGGGGCAGGUGGGGUUUGGACCAAUUUGCUAACGAAGCGCGUAGUUAAUACACAUAACUGAGAUGGCUUAGAUAGGCACGCACCCACACACAGAAACACACACACACACUCACACACCAUACCAUCACACACGCAAUGCACAUAAUAUGUAUAACAUAGUUAUUAGAUGUUUUAUACGUGUUCCAAUAGUUCUACAAACACCUCCCACACACUCACACACACACACACAUACAACUAAUCUUGACUAUACCCAAUGUAUAUUCGCACUUAACGUUACGCAGUUUUAAGAUUGUUUGUACUCGUCAUUUGCUAUAUAACAUACACGAUAUCGGAGAAACACUCAGCUUUGCUUUCAACAAAGUGCUGACAACAAAACCAAAAAGGAGUGCGGUUUUUUUUUUUACCAGCCCAGCUAAGGGGCUAAGCUAAACAUUUUCUACAAACAAACAAACGAACAACCAUAACACCAAAUAAACAACAAGUAAAAUCGAAAACAAAAAAUAAAAAACAUAUAUAGUAAUGCGAGAGUGAAACGUAACGCGUGUUGAGCGCGCAGGAAUGUCCAGUAUCAAAGAAG